AUGUACUAUCAUUUUCUAAUAGUUUACUGUUUCAAUCUCACUGCCAUAGACAAAUACAAGUAUACAACAGUACUUGAAAGCUUGAAGCACAUGAUUAAGAUCUGUACUUGAAGGCUUGAAGCAAAUGAUUAAGAUCUGAAAGGGGUGAUAAGGAAUUAGAGAGGAUGGAGUCGAUGGAGGCUGAGCUGAAGAGCUUGACUCAGGUAUGGAUUACAGUUCUUGUAUGCUUAACCUACUGUUACUUGAUCUCAAGAAACAUUCCGAAAGGAAUCUUUAGACUUGUUUCAGUCCUUCCAAUCAUACCCAUCUUCAUCAUUCUUCCGCUCUCCCUGACAUCAAUCCAUCUUCUUGGUAUUCUAGGUUUCUUUAUAGCUUGGCUUGCUAAUUUCAAACUUCUUCUCUUCUCAUUCAAUCAAGGCCCUUUAUCAUCACCCUCAAUUUCAUUUGUGCACUUCAUUUCUAUUGCUUGUUUUCCCAUCAACUUCAGACAAAACAUAUCUUCCAAAACUGAAAAGUCAAUUUCUCAAAACCCCGGAUCAUCUUCAUCGCUGUCGUUUCUAAUUUAUGCCGUAAAGGGUCUUGUUAUUGUCUUACUGAUUUAUGUCUACAAGUUUAAACAAUAUUUACACCCAAAUUUCAUCAUUUUUCUAUAUUGUGUCCACAUCUACUUCCUCCUAGAACUCAUUCUAAUUGUAACUGCGAAAUCGGUGCAAUUCCUGUUAGGGUUAGAACUAGAACCGCAGUUCAACAAUCCAUUUGUCUCAACUUCGCUACAAGAUUUCUGGGGUAAAAGAUGGAAUCUGGUGGUUACAGGAAUUCUACGGCCAACUGUAUACCAACCUGUACAGUUCAUUUGUGCUCGUAUUUUUGGAAAGAGGUGGGCGCAACUCAUUGCUUUACUUGCCACAUUUGUCGUGUCAGGCUUGAUGCAUGAGUUGAUCUUCUACUAUUUUGGUAGAGUGUGGCCAACUUGGGAAGUUUUUUCAUUUUUUGUACUACAUGGGGCAUGUUUAGCAGUGGAGAUUGAACUCAAGAGGUGUUUCAAAAACAGAUUUCAGUUACCUCCAUUAGUUUCAGGACCUUUGACCGUUGUGUUUGUGCUGGUUACCGGUGCUUGGUUGUUCUUUCCUCAGUAUUUAAGGUGUGGAGCUGAUGUUAAAUCACUUGGGGAGUAUGCCAUUGUUGCAGAAUCUGUCAAGGGUUUGAUACAAAAAUGGUGGGGAUCUUUUUCGUAGGAUAAAUUGAUUUUUUUUUUAAAUUGCUGUAAACUAACAGUUUUUGUUAAGGGGUGCUUGAUAUACAAUGUUGGUUCUUUUCUAGAGGUAAAUUGAUGCUGCAAGUUGUAACCUAGCAACUGUCAUGAAAGAAAUGCAGUUAGAAGCAAAAUAAGUGCAUUUUGAUUGCCUUUGCACAGUGUUUUUCGGGUUCAACUUAGCAUAUGAGCCAGCAAAGUCUGGAGGUUAAAACUCAGUCUUGUACAGAUAAAUUUUAACUUCCAAAAUUCAGAUUUUUUUUACAAAUUCCAAA